AUGACGUCAGGUUUGUGCAGCACGCAUGCGCAACGCGAGUUCUGUCUGCGAACUCGUUGGCGGGCCGAGCAGUGCCGCAGUUCCAGUGCGACAUUCUGCAGAAGUGUACAGUACGUGCAUCUAACCCCACACAGCAAAAUGUUUGGCGGAUUCGGUGGACUGAAGGACAUCGGCUCAAAGCUGACCUCCACAGUAGAGCAGACUGUGGAAUCGAAGAAGUCAGAGUUGGAGCGCAUCGGUGUGGAAAAGAAGCAGGCAGCAGCAGCACUUCUUGAGGAGCAGAGCAAGAAGACGGGUGACCUGCUUUGGCAGACCAAGAGUGAGCUGGAGAGCGCAGUCAUCGGCACCGCCACCUCCGCUGCCACAGCCGCCGCAACCUCUGCUGCCACCGCCACCAAAACUGCCAAGCAGCAGGCCGUUGACGCUUUUGAUGCCACCAUGGCUGACGCCGAAAAGGCGGUCGACAGCACCAUCAAAACCGCCUCCACUACCAUCGACUCAAAGAUCGACGAGGCUGGCAAGGCACUGGAUGAGACACGACACGGCGUUCAGAAGGCCGUUCAAGACACUACAAAGGUGGCCUCAGAAAAAGUGUCAGAGACCACAGGUGCUGCAAGCAAGAAAGCCAGUGGACUAUUCAAUUUUUAAGAUGGGACACCCGGCAGCUGCUUCACGCUUCGGGGGAUAGACGCACUUCAUUUUCUGCAUCAUUCUUUCAUAGCUCUUGCAUUAAUGUUCUUGUCAGUAGUGUUCUUACAAGGCCUGUGUUACGCUCCUGAACAAGAAAAGCUUAUGUCAUUCCUAAAGAAGAAGUAGUAAUUUGGACUGGAAUUUUGAUACUUUACUCAUUGAAUUAAUCUUUUUACUUUUCAUAUUAGUGCAAACAGAAUUGACAUUAUACACUCAUGUAAGAAUUUCCUCAGAAAUAAAGUAUUUUUUGAACAUGAGCCCAAGGUAUACAGAAUUACACCAUGAUCAGAUUGAAUAAAGGUGCAUUAGUUUUGACCUUUAACAUAUUUAGAGAGGAGUGAAAUGUAAUAUAAUGUUACACCUCUUUCUUUCCCCCAUCAAGUUCAGCAUUUUUUGUCUCAAUAACCCACAUAUUGUAAAUUUUAUAACUUUUAACAGGCACUGAAGUAUUUUUUAAAUGCCAUACACAGCAAAACAUAAAUGUAAACUUGCAAAAUAUUUUUGAGAAGUUUUUCCUACUUAUUUUUGCAUCUCAUAAUCAUACAAUUAUUUCUUCCACUGCAAAAAAAUGUCACUGUUAAAAUGUUAGGGAUAUGGCUGCUUUUGUAUCCAAUCAGAAAAAGCAUAGCUGACAAAAUGUAAUAAUUAUACAAUGCAGCUACUUUAAUUGAUGGUACCAAAAAAGGAAACAAAUUUGAUGAAGUAUGAAAUAAGUACUCACAAUUUUUGCUUCUCAAUAACACCAGACACAACAAAGAAAAAGUAGCCAGUCCUGCUCUAUAUGCGAAUGUAUAGUUCAUGUGCUUGCUAACAUUUUAAUUAGUGUUGUUCAACAAACUGUGUUAAAACUGGUAAUUGUAAAGCAGUAGAAUAAUUGGCUAACUAUGGCAUGUAUAAAUUGGAGAAAUAAAUAAACUGAGAUGUAGAUUGA